GCAAUCCUUAUUUACCCCGGGAGAUUUCGUCGUUAUAAGUAGUGGCGAACGAUAACCAAGCUCGAUUAAUCAACAUCUCUCAGAGACUCUAAGCAUAUUUCCGCGCUUCUAUGGUUUCCCCGUCGACCUCCCUCUAUGCGGCUUGAGCGAUUCUGGGUCACAGGAUGUCUGCUAGUAGUGAUCCGCCUGUUGCGCCCCGCCUGUCCGAAAGGGAUGCUCUCGAAAUAAGCGACGCUGGCUUAGGAAGCUCGCAUGCUUAUGACGAGACCCGAGCUAACCCCGUCUGUCCAUACAGUACUUCCAGAUUCUUCGACCAGGAAUGUUCUCGCUAUCACGACUGUCCAACACACACGAUUGAGAGGAGUCCUGUGGGGGGUGAUGAUGGCAAUGUGGUAAUCGGGAUGCGUGGCCACGGGUCUAGUCAGGCUGAUGCGACAACACAACAGGUCGGUGGCACGUUAGGAGAUGGCGAGGAUUCAAAUGGCUCGAGCACGGAAUCGAGCGCGGCAAAUGGUUCGAUGCCUAGGCAGGACAUAGGUUCCAAUUUCCAAUCGUCGGAAACCGACGUCAGCGUCAAUACGAUCGCAUCCGAUGAACGGGGCUCAGCAUCACGUGCGGUUCAAGUUGCCGAUACACAAGAGGGGACGCUCACUCUUAGGGAAGUCUUAGGCCAAACGACAGAAUCAUUUGGUGGACCGUCUAUUGGAAACUCGGCACCGCCUCAAUCUAGGACCGAUGCAAGAUCCCCGAUAGUUGUGCGUACGAAUCAGAAUGCAACUGUACCACCAUUGGUAGUUUCAAACGAGACCCAGAGGCCCCCCUCGCGCUUAAAUCCGAUAGCACCAGAAUUUACUCCACGGCCAGACAGGUCUCCGCAGGAUAUUACCCUUCCGAGAUGGCAGCCGGAUAGCGAAGUGACCUUGUGUCCAAUAUGUCGCACGCAGUUCAGCUUUUUUGUUAGGAAACAUCAUUGCCGAAAAUGUGGAAGAGUAGUAUGCAAUGUGUGCUCCCCGCAUAGGAUUACUAUACCACAUCAAUAUAUCGUACGGCCACCCGGCGAAAGGACGUUUCAGCGAUAUCCCUUCCUCGGGGAAGAAGGCGGUAUCGCCGAUUUUACCGCGCUCGGAGGUGGUGAACAGGUCCGGCUCUGCAACCCCUGCGUCCCGGACCCGAAUACUACACCACCUCAAACCCAGCACUCGACAAGCCAAUUCUCGCCGAGGUCGACGCAUCAUCGAUCCCAUAGUAGUUCUAGUGGCAACUACAAUGGGGACGGCAAUCUCAACCGCCCCCAACAGUACUUGGUCAUACCAAAUUCACCCCAUGAUGCCUACCCUAGGAGUCGAAGUAUCACCAUGAAUUCUGGUCCGGGCCCCUCGAGGCCUGUAAGUGGACCUUACUUCCCGCCUCAAAACAGAAUUAUGACCGGAACCCCGCCGACGUACUACUCGCGCCCACAACAGGCACACCCGAGAUAUCGCCGUACUUCGCUCCUGAGUCAUCACUUAUCCGGUGGUUCUUUCGUCGAUAUAGCCAGUGGUUCCUCGUCCGCAUCCUCGACAGCGAUGACUAAUCGCCCAUUACCACCCGCGCCGCAGAUCCCGGAAGAGGACGAGUGCCCCGUAUGCCAUCGUGAGCUGCCCUCGAGAGAGCUUCCUAACUAUGAGGCUCUACGAGAGUCGCACAUCGAAUCGUGUAUCAUAGCACAUAGUUCGUACAACCCGAGUUCUGGCGCAUCCGGCAGGUCGAUCCAGGCCACUCGCAGAACCGGCAUGUUUCCGUACCUAGCCACGGAGAAGGACUGUGUAGACUCUGCGGAAUGUACCAUCUGCCUCGAAGAGUUCGAGGUCGGCGUCGCCAUGGCGCGUUUGGAGUGCCUGUGCCGCUUCCACCGAGCUUGCAUCAGCGCGUGGUUUGUCGAUCACCCCGGGCGAUGUCCUGUUCAUCAGCACGACAGUCUCGGUUACUGAUCAAAUACUUUCUUGAUAUGUUUAGCUACUCGCACAUCCCUACAACUCACCUCCCAGCAUAGAGUUCAUAUAGUCUCGCCUCAUUGUAGUUGUAUUAAUUCCAAUUUCCGCAGGGGGGGCUUAACCUAGGUAUAAGUUUGGCAAGGGGACGGGCAUUUGUAGCACUGUUGUACACUCUUUAUAAUCUGCAUUUCUCUAAUGGCUAGCGAAGGGGUUCUUCCUUUUUCCUAGAUACGUGUGGCUCCUACGCCGCUACACCAGUACGGAGUCUGGCGCAGGGGUUAGCGCUUGGAUAGACUUAUACCAUUUUGCCUUACCUUUCUAAGCCGACUAUGGGACAUCUGACAUGGUGCUCGGUGACGUGGUACCUAAACGAACACCAGAAUUCCUUGUAGCCC